AUGAAUAAAAAAGCAUCAACUACUACUUCUACCACAACAACCACUACUACAACAACUACAACAACCACAACAACAACUACAACAACAACGUCGACUUCAUUAGAGCCAUGCGCAUGUACUGACAAGGUAAAAACUGGAAUCAGAUCAUCAGAAAAAGCCUUCCAAAGUACCAGUUCCUUGAAGCCUAUCUAUCUUGGCAACACUGGAUUCCUCGUUCAAGCAGUGUCAAGAGCUGUGAAUAAGUAUACUGUAAGCUACCAGCAAUACUGGGUCAUGUCGAGAGCAGUUUGCGGUCAAGGAGUGCUCGAUGUCUUAAAAAUGGGAGCCUUCAGGUUUUCUGUUUUGGAAAAACGAACGAAAGGGAGCAUCGAUCCAAUAACCAACUACGACGCCUUUGCUGCACGAGAUCUUUACUACCGUAACCACUGGCCUGACGAGUUAAAGAAACAUCGUUCAAUUACCUUUGGAUUCAGAGCCGAAAAGACGCUUGUUGAUCCAACUGGUAACGACAAAAAAGACGCUUACUGGGCGCUUCUUCAAUUCCACAAUAUUGCCUCUACACUUGAUAUCGUCAACGUUAACAUCGACGACAUCUACAACUGUGUCAAUGGCGCAAAGCCAGUGACGAUCCUGCCUGGCGAGGGAAUUGACAUGACAUGCGAUUAUGCAAAAUGCGUCGGCGAAGAAGUAAUCGUUGGCUAUUAA